AUGACAUCAAAUACAUUCGUUAUCGUUGAUGACGAAAAAUAUUUUACUUUUUCCAAUAAUAACAUGCCACAAAAUACUGGUUUUUAUUCAUUUGAUAAAAAACAUGCUCCAGAUCAUGUUAAAUAUAAAACGAAAGAAAAAUAUCCUAAAAAGGUUUUAGUUUGGUUAGCUUUAUCAGCAAAAGGUUUUUCAAAACCUUUUAUUGGAACUGCAAAAGGUCCGGCUGUUACUGACGAUGUUUACAUUGAUCAAUGUUUAAGCAAACUUCUUUCAUUUAUUAAGGAACACCAUGUUCAUGAUGAUUAUGUAUUUUGGCCUGACUUAGCAUCUUCACAUUAUGCCAAAGAAAUAACAGAAUGGCUUAUUCAACAUAACAUCAAAUUUAUAUCGAAAGAAGUAAAUCCACCAAAAGUUCCAAAAGCUCAACCAAUAGAAGAUUUUUGGUCGAUGCUUGCUGAUAAAGUAUAUGAAGGAGGUUGA